UAGCAGUUAGGGUUUAUGUCACUGUAGGCUAUUCAAAAAGAGGGAGAAAGGUGCGACAUCAUGAUCUUGUGGUUCUCUUGAUAAUAAAGGGUCUCUCUCUCUCUCUCUUUCUCUUUUUAUCUCUCUCGGCUGUUGCGCUCUUUCCCUCUUUCUGUAAAUGCUGUCGUCUGUUCCAAUUCCAUAGUCGCCUAGUCGGCUACACUUACUUUAAUACGCUGUAAACGUUCGCUGGAUCUAAGAAUGCAAUUUUGAUGGGAAGAACGUUCUAAUGUUCUUCUGGGGAAUACAAGGGCGACUCGACACUGUUUCAAGAUAGACAAAGGUGUCCUCACGCGUAUCACAAUGGAUCUCUCAUUUAUGGCUGCGCAGUCUGUCAUGGCGGGGGCCUUCAUGGACUCGCCCAAUGAUGACGACAGCACGGACCACUCCCUCUUCAACUCCUCGGCCAGCGUCCACGCCGCCUCUAUGGCAGCCCAUGACCAGCCAGAGCGGGAGCCCAUGUCCCGCGACGCCAUCUGGCUUUGGAUUGCCAUCACCGCCACCAUCGGGAACAUUGUGGUCGUGGGAGUGGUGUACGCCUUCACUUUCUGAGUGGUGGAAGCCAUGAUGGAGUGUUGCUAGCAGGAGGAAGCUGCUGGACAAGACAUUUGGACAUAAGCUCAGAACAUUACAGCAGCCAAUGGCCACUCUCAAAGGCUACACUGAUACAGAGGGAGUGAAUGAUUAUUGCAUUGGUAUCUUGUCCAAGCAUUUGAAAGACAAGGGACUGUUUACAAAUACAGAAUUUAAUAUGUGUAAUAUGUUGGUCAUGUUACUGCAGCCAAAGGUCAAAACAUGGAAUAUUGUGUACAUGUGCUGUUGACUAUACAUUAAGAUGUUAACAUUUCUGAUGAAUCUUUAAUAAGUCAACAGGGUCUAGUAAUAGUGAACAGUGAUGUCUGCUCUGAAUACCCUCCGAGGUCAUUGGUCAAACUGAAAUCAUGUGACGUUAAAUAUUCCGAUAAUCAAAACCUGAGUAACGUGCCAUUUGGAGCGUUUCGAGAUCAUUUUAUGGAAAGUAACACUGAUACGUUUUUUAACAUGUCAUUAACAUCAUGACUCCACAGUCGUUACUGUAUUCUACAUCUACAGUGCUAUGAAAAAGUAUUUGCCCCCUUUCUAAUUUUCUCUACUUUUGCA